UUUUCAUUACAGAUCAGAUGAUGCAUUUUAUAUGUGAUAAUGGAAAAGUUAGUAAAAGGUAAUACAUUGCUGGUUGGUGAAGGAGAUUUCUCAUUUGCUGUUUCCAUGGUAGAGAAGUUGCCUGGUAAAAAAUGUACAUGUAUUACAGCAACCAGCUUGGAGACAUCAGAGUCUAUCCAGAAGCACCAGUAUGCCGCAAAGAAUAUUGAUUCAUUAAAAGAAAAAGGAGUUACUGUCAGACUUGAUACAGAUGCCACACAAUUACACAUCAACCCAUUAACUAGAGAUGAAAAGUUUUCAAGCAUCAUCUUCAACUUUCCACAUGCUGGAGGUAAAUCUAACCACAAGAAAAACAGAAAACUUCUCAAUGACUUCUUUGCAAGGUAUUGGAAGGAUGAAAGGCUCAGAUCAAGAAUGAACCGUUGUGGUAAAGGGUCAAGGUGGACCCCAGCUGAGUCAAAUCCAUAUGAGAAAGCCUGGCAUGAUAGUUGGCCGGUCGUUUCCAUGGCAGCCAAUCUGGUCUAUAAACAGCAAUAUGAGUCAUCCAAUACACAAGAGUUUAUAGAAGAUUUCUGA